GUGAAGUAAAGAAGACAACAACAUGCAACCUGCAACUUUAGCAAUUUUCGCUCUGGCACUCAUUGGCACCACAGUGGCUGGACCGCUCACCUCAGUUGCCAGAGCUAAGGCUGACAAUGCUAUACUCAACUUGCUCGCCGAAUCCAAUUUAUUAGGUUCCGCAGCUGAUCCUGCAAUCACUACCGAAUGCUUCAACCAUUUUAUGCCAAUCUUAAAUCAAAUUUCCACCAACUUCUCGUUGCAAUAUGAGCAAUGUGUUAGCGUGGCCACACAAGCCACAGCGAAUCUCACUACCUCAGCUGCGCAGGGUCGUGCAACUUUCGUGAAUGAGACCACUGCUAUGUGCAGUGCUUUCACCUCCUGCAACAGUGACAGCGACAACUUGGACUUCUUCAACUGUUACGCCGCAGCUGCAUCUGCUGAUGUCAAUGAGAUCUAUAAUCUGUCUGCAGACGCUUCGAAUGCCGCCAUUUCGCUUAAAGGUGGACUGCAGCAAAUCAAGGAUACUGAGAAAAUCUGCACUAACAACGCUCAGCUCACAUAUACUGAGCAGACCUCUGAGACUUAUAAGGAACUGAAUGCUUGUUUUGUCAAUGGUUUACCAAUCGCUACGACUGUUGCUGAUAAUUAAGCCAGUACUUAGGUUUUUCUCGCAGAAUUAUUUAAAGUACUACGGAUGUGAAAUAAAAAUGUAAACUAUAAAUAUUCUAAAUUUGUUGUUAAUAUAUUUAUAAACACUCAUAAACACUGCUCAUAAUAAAAUCCAAAUAUUUGUUGGCAAAUGCAUAUAA